CUUGGAAUGCGAGCCCCCUUUUCUUCCUAUUUACGUACCUCGAUUUAACUUCGAACUUACUAAUUAUACUGAUCCAUAUCUUGUCGACCUUGGUAUAUGCCUAUGUGGAGAGGCUUGUUUUGCAAACGACAAUAUUGACUCGGCCGACUAUUCGGAUCCUUGAUUACGAUUAACACAACACGUCUGAUGUUGAACUACGAAUUCACAGUUGCCUCUAGGAAAGCCGACUUCGUUGUCAGUGCUCCAGGCUAAUAGUCAGUAAAUCUAUUAAGUCUAUUUAGUCUCACCUCGAGCGAUGUGGGCACUUGUUGCUUAACUCCUGAUCCACAGCAUCUGCUAGCUUUGAAGCCCUGCCAUAUAUAAAUACCUAUAUCUACUAUAUCGAUCCAACUUCAACAAUGGCCGUUCGCCGCGUCCGAGUAAUCCUCGCUGUCAUUGCUAUAUGGGUACUUGGGUCUUGGUACUAUAGCUGGCAUCCGCCCGAUUCAGGCUUGUUCAAUCUUACACAUGGCCAUGCCCCGGGUGGUCAAUCCGUCCCAGCCUCUGCUGGGUCCAAAGGUCUUAAGUGGGAGAAACGUCCGCCCCGUUAUCCCGUAGACAAGUUCGCUACGCUCCCGACCAACAAACCUACGAAACAAGUCCCACGCGUGCAAGCCACGAAACCGCAGGAAACCACUGCUGAGAAGGAAUUGCGGUUGGGACGACUCGCUGCGGUUGAGGAAAGCUUCAAACAUAGUUGGAACGGGUACAAGAAAUACGCGUGGGGCCAUGAUGAGAUCAAACCCCUUUCGGGGCUGUAUAAGAACCCCUUUGGCGGUUGGGCGGCCACACUUGUCGACGCUUUAGAUAGCCUGUGGCUCCUCGGCAUGAAAGAAGAUUUCGAAAUCGCGGUGAGGGCUUGUGACAACAUCAAUUUUACAACCACGGAAACACGUGAUAUUAACAUUUUCGAAACGACAAUUCGAUAUCUCGGGGGAUUUUUAGCUGCGUAUGAGCUAAGCAACAAGCAGUACCCAAGCCUCCUCAAAAAGGCAACUGAGGUUGCCGACUUAGUUAUGACAUCCUUUGAUACUCCGAAUCACAUGCCUAUAACGCGAUUUCCCUGGCAAAAAUAUGCCAGAGGCGAAUCACAGACGGCACGGAGCUAUGUUUUACUUGCUGAGAUCGGAUCACUAAAUCUUGAGCUUACCAAGUUGUCUCAACUGACCGGCGAUAUGCAGUAUUACGAUGCUGUACAAAGGAUAUCUGACGAGUUAGAAAAAGAUCAGAAGAGAACUUCAAUGCCGGGGAUGUGGUCGGUCAUCAUUGACGCGACGAAAACGCCGAUCAAGUCCACGGGUGAUUCAUACACACUCGGCGGGAUGAGCGACAGUACAUACGAGUACCUUGGGAAGCAGUACCUAUUGCUUGGAGGCGCGCUGAAUCAGCCAAGAAAGAUGUAUGAGGGGUUCAUAGAAGUUGCAAAGAAACAUCUUCUCCGUCGCGCCCUGAAUCCAGAUAACCUUCCUCUACAAUUCUUCGCCGACGCUCGAAUCGUUACUUCGCCCGGUGGUGAUAAACAGGUUGUGACUACGCCAAUAGCACAACAUUUAACGUGUUUUGCAGGAGGCAUGGUAGGCAUGGCAGCCAAGAUCUUCGAGCGUCCGUCAGAUUUAGACGUAGCCGAACAGUUGACUGAGGGUUGCGUGUGGUCAUACAAUCAAACCGUUUCGGGCAUCGGGCCUGAGAUAUUUCAUUUCAUACCCUGCGAGGCGGACAUCGCCAAGGACGAUUGUCAGUGGAGCGAAGAGCGUUGGCUGAAUUCCUUAAGGAAGUAUUGGGGUCAUGACACCACGGGCGAUGAUCUUUCCGACCAACAGCUUGAGAAAAUCAUAGAGACGAGGCGACUUCCUCGCGGGAUGGUCGAGGUUGACGACCGCCGAUACAUCCUCCGCCCCGAGGCAAUCGAAUCUGUGUUCAUGAUGUAUCGCCUAACCGGAGACUCGAAGUUCAUGGACAAGGCCUGGGCCAUGUUCGAAGCUAUCGAGAAGUGGACGCGAUCGAAGUAUGCUUCCGCGGCAUUGGAUGAUGUGACGGCAAGCCAUCCGACUCAAGUGGAUAGCAUGGAGAGCUUUUGGCUAGCAGAGACGCUGAAAUAUUUCUACUUGAUCUUCGGCGAUUGGGAUCUAGCUAAUCUAGACGAAUGGGUGUUGAAUACUGAGGCACAUCCACUUCGGCGUGCAGAUGCACCAUAGACGGAUAGACGGUCAAUAGGUGGGGGGUGAGCUUUAAUGCCCUUGGAACAUGCCAUGGAUGGUAAUGCAGCUGCUAAGCAGCAAGGGUUGGAUUUUAUGCACUGGCAGAGAUGGAUCUUUCGGAAUAGUUUUAUCGAUUUAGGUGUGUGGGACAGGAACUGAUCGGGAACUGGAUUUUUAUAUUGAUAUAGGCCAUUUCUAUAGGGCUUAUAUUUAUCUAACGAUUACCCCUCGAUCAAGUAUCUAGAUACGUACAUAAGCACAUAAAUAGGUAUUCUAGACAACCAGUUCCGAUAUGAAAAGGAUGGGUGAAUCUGGAUAACAUGACAAGGCGUAAAAACAAGAAGAUGAUAGAGCAGCCAAGAUCUUGGCUACCAAGGUAGGAACAUAUUACUGUUCCAAUUGGAACUUCUUCGGAAUUGAUAGUUGUAUUUCAAUAUCGAAAUGCGGAACCGAGGUACGCAAAGCAGGUCAAGAUAACCAGGUAAUGCUCCGGUAGUGGCCGAUUUAUGAAACGAUUUUAUGCUUUUAGCUGCGCC